CUUAUCUAAAAAGGGUGUGCCUUAGACCUACAUAAACCGAGAGUCCUGUAUUUUAUCAGCUGGACUAACUUUUGUCCAACGAUUAACAACAUGAAGGUUUUACUUAUUGUUUGCCUCGUGAAUCUUUGGACACUGACAUGGUCUUGUUCUUCGUCGGCUGAUUGUUCAAAGCUACACGUCUGCUUUGCUGGUACCAUUUACAUACUGGGCAAAAGAGCAACUGGCACAGGGUUGACAGGUGACUGUACAUUGUUGAAAACAGAGGGACAAAGCUGUUGGGUGACUGGAGGGUCCAUCACAUCACGUCCAGAUCAUGUCAUCAGACACAAUCUCCCAUGCGAGUUGGGCCUCUACUGUAAAGGCAUAGGAUUAUCGAUCGUGCCGUUUGGUGAAGCAGGUUCUUGCACAGCACUGGGACAAUAGAAAGGUGAAAUAUAAUUGAAUAAUAAAUAGAUAUUCGACGUAAA